CAGUGGCAAGUAACGGUUCGUGUUCUUUACAAAUAAAUAACAAAAUAAAUAAUAAAUAAAAAAAAAUAAUUAUUUGAAAGUAAAAAGUGAUAGAAAAAUACAAUAUCCUCCAUUUUAUAAAUCAACAUAUUUCGUGAAAAAAACAUUUUUAUUAAAAAAAUUUUGAAACAAAAGUUAUAACAAUAUUCAAAAUCCAAUCAAAGUAUAAAAUAGUGAAAAAUAAAAAAUGAAUUUAUCUUUCGCUGGCUGUGGCUUCCUUGGAAUUUAUCAUGUCGGUGUUGCUGUCUCCUUUAAAAAAUAUGCACCGCACUUACUUCUGGAAAAAAUUGGAGGCGCCUCUGCUGGUUCCUUGGCUGCGUGCUGCUUGCUUUGCGAUUUGCCCCUAGAUAACAUGACUUCCGAUUUCUUCCGGGUGGUUAACGAAGCGCGCCGUUACUCACUUGGUCCAUUCAGUCCGUCGUUUAACAUACAAACCUCAUUGCUUGAAGGUCUACAAAAAUAUCUACCUGAAGACACCCACAAGAGAGUUAAUGGACGUCUACACAUUUCGUUGACUCGUGUUUACGAUGGUAAAAACGUUAUUAUCUCAGAGUUUGAGUCGCGUGAAGAAGUCUUGCAAGCACUACUGUGUGCUUGCUUUAUACCUGGAUUUUCCGGACUAUUGCCGCCGCGUUUCAGAGGAGUACGUUACAUGGACGGUGCAUUCUCUGACAAUUUGCCAAUCUUGGAUGAGAAUACCAUUACUGUGAGUCCUUUUUGCGGUGAGAGUGACAUUUGUCCACGCGACCAGAGCUCACAGCUAUUUCACCUAAACUGGGCCAAUACAAGUAUCGAAAUAUCACGCCAAAACGUCAACCGCUUUGUUCGCAUUCUGUUUCCGCCUCGACCAGAGUUUCUUUCAAAGUUCUGCCAGCAGGGAUUUGAUGAUGCAUUGCAAUUUCUGCAUCGAAACAACCUUAUCAAUUGCACACGAUGCAUUGCUGUUCAGUCCACUUAUGUUGUUUCUGAGACAGUUGCGAACACCGAUGAAUUUGAUCCCGACUGUCGAGAUUGCAAAAAGCAUAGAAACGAUGCACUGAGUUCACAUUUGCCAGAGACUGUGUUGAAUGUAAUUCACGACUGCAUAGAACAGGCUAACAAGGGCUUAGCUAAUUGGAUAUUCAAACAUCGUGGUAUUAAAUUACUCUCACUGCCAGCGACGGUACCCAUGGAUUUCUUUCUGGCCACAAUAACAAAAAUUUCCAAGCUGACCCCAAAAGUGACUAAACAAAUGCGUCAAUUAAUCGAAGAAUUAAUUAUUCAGCUUAACAAUACUAUGCAACUUCGUUUGCUUGACAAGUUUGCACUCUACGAUCAGCCACAUUUUGAUGCAACUGGCCUCUUUCACUCCAACCAUUUGUAUGGUCCACAAGUUUCAAUUUUUGUCGAUCAAUGCGGAACUUUACCUCUUAAGAGCGAUGUUAAAAUAAGUUCGCAUACUGACGCGUUGUAUGCGUACUAUUACAAAGACGACAACACCAACAAAGUUAAAGUGACUGAAAUUUUUGAUUUGGAUGACAUAGCGAAACAGGGGCUUAAUACAGAUCCACAAAUCUGUGAAGGACAGGUCGAGGAUCAUUCAAGUCCGCAUCAGCAUUGUAACAAUACUGUUGAUAGUGAUUGGAAUUGCAGUGAAUCAGACUUUUUCACAGAUGCCCAAACGCUUAAAGUAGAUCAUAUGCCACCGGUUGCGCAACAGGCUACACACCCAGUCCUGCAGUUUUCCGGUGCAAGCAUUCUCAGUUAUCCUGAAGAUGAUCAACGCUUCAACGAUUUAUACAUAGAAAUUGAAUAGAAAGUGAUAUUUUUAAUUUAUGUAAUAUAGAAUUUUUACCGAAACGACACCAAAGUGGCUAGUAGCCUUUAAUGUAACUAGCGUACGACUUAUGUACUUAAGCAUAAAUUAAAUUACGUUAAGUUGUAUAAGCCGUAAUGUAUGAUAUAUUUCUAGGCCGCAAAUUAAAAACGAUAUAUAAAUAUUUUA